UUGGGGCCGUUUAUAUUUCGUUGUCAGAGAACGAAAGUUAGGGGAUCGAAGACGAUCAGAUACCGUCGUAGUCUUAACCAUAAACUAUGCCGACUAGGGAUCAGUGGAUGUCAAUUUGCGACGCCAUUGGCACCUUGUGAGAAAUCAAAGUUUUUGGGUUCCGGGGGGAGUAUGGUCGCAAGGCUGAAACUUAAAGGAAUUGACGGAAGGGCACCACCAGGAGUGGAGCCUGCGGCUUAA